AUGAAACGAAAAUAUUUUAUCAGACCUGACUUUGGUAUUGUUGAGGAGAGAGACAGAUUAAAAUCAAUAGUAGUUAGUUUUGAUGAGUGUGCGGUGGAGUAUGAACAGGCACUGAAGCGGAUCACCACACUGGAGUGCGAGCUGCGAGAUGCACAAAAAUAUAUCUCUGAGCUGGAAGUGAGUGCCCAUCAAGCAACAGCACUGCACACUCAUAGCUUGUUCGAAGAGUUAGUUGAGAACGCUCCAGAGUUGGUUGAUGUUACAAUUGAAAACCCGGUAACUAUAGAUCUUACAAAUGAUACCUUACCAGCACAACGGUUAGACAAUUGUAGCAACAAUAAAAUAAAC